UCUGUGGCGGGAAAUUCUAAUCAGUCCAAGGGAAGAUUUCUGGAGGGAAGCCGUACGGUGCCAUUAUGCCCCUGCACAGGGUCCCACUGAGGGGAGAGUUUCCAUUCCAGAAGGUUACGGUUAUAUUGCUGUGUCUGGCUCAUACUGUAGUAACUGAGCCUGGGGUAAAAUGCAAGCUCCUAGGGCCUCCCGUUAUAGGGGGCAAUGCUACACUGAGGUGCCAACUCCCAGGAUCCUUUGAGGUUCUGCAGGUAACCUGGCAAAGGAGCAAAGAUGGCUUCCGAGAAAACAUUGCUACCUACAGCAAAAGGUAUGGGGUUAAUGUACUGAGCCCCUUUACCAAACGUGUAGAGGUCAACACAGACCCAAAAAAGUCAUCCAUGAAGAUUUCUGCACUGACAGAGGAGGAUGAAGCCUGUUAUAUUUGUGUCUUCAAUGUCUAUCAGCACGGAGCCUACACUGGGCAAGUCUGUCUCCCUGCCCUGGUUUCAAGCAAUGCAUUUAUUUGCUCUGCUGAUGGGUCUGAGGAGCAUAUCCCCAAUAUAACCCUGAAUCCCCCCAAAACCAACACUGACCCUACACUGCAGUCAGAAGGUGGAAUAAUAAGGGCCAUACGGAAAGGCACCCUUACAGGAGAAGACAAUCUGACCUGUACUUUCCAGCUGCCCAGGACAGGCAGGCAGAAACGGGAUAUUACAGAACAACAUAAUGAUCUGGAUGAUAUAUCUGAAGAAACUGUCUCCAUAAACUGUUCUGCAUCUGGCAAAACGAAACCUUAUAUAACAUGGGAGUAUGAAGGGAAACCCAUCAGUACAGAAUAUAAAGAAAAAGUAAUUGGUGAUAUCACAACGGUCAGAAGUACUCACUGGUACUCACAGGCCUGGCUAUUGGCACAGGAUAAGCCAAUCAUCUGUCAUAUUACAACCAGGCCCAGUGACACAGGUAACAGAAGAGAACCCAUUUCUACUCAAGAGGACACUGCUCAGAAUUUACUCCUACAUUCAUUUGGCAAGCAAAUGGCUCAUACACAAGGAAACCCUUAUGUCCGUUUAGUCGCAGUAAUUGGUGCAGUUGGUGCAGUAUUUGGUGCAGCUGCAGUCAUUGCGCUGUGCCCUGUGUGUGUCACUUACUGGAAAACAAAAGCUCGGCCCCAAAACAGAGAUCCUCAGUCACAGCCACUGAAAGAACCUUCGUGUGUAUCCAAAGAGUGUGGGACACCAAACACACACAGCCCUAGUGCUACAAGUUUCACAGAGGCCUAA